ACCCUAAAACUCCACCAAUUUUUCUUUCUCCAACCUCCAUCAGCGAAGUUUCUGCUCUAUUUGCUUGGAUAAAGAUGUAUCUCCAGUUCUACAUAAAUGACAAUGGUGACAAAGUUUACACCACUAAGAAAGAAUCACCAGUGGGGUUGCCUACUCAGUCUGCUCAUCCAGCUCGUUUCUCCCCCGACGACAAAUAUUCGAGACAACGAGUUCUUUUGAAGAAACGUUUUGGUUUAUUGCCAACCCAGCAGACACCACCAAAAUAUUGAUGGAUUGAAAUGUGUUGCUGUACUUUUAUGAAGCUUUAAUUUGAAUCUGGACAGAGCACGUAUAAAACUCCAUAGCUGAAAGCUUGAGAAUUCAUUCUGUUAUGCACUUGAAAACAUGAACCCCAGUUUAGUAGUAAAAGUUUAUUUUCUUAUCUU